GAAUGAUCUCGAAGAUCCCAUCUACUUGAACUACAGCGACAUCCCGGCCUUUCCGGUUUCCACGGUUGAAGGCCACGCCGGUCGCUUUGUGCAUGGUUAUCUCCAUGGAGUGCCUGUGCUGAUGAUGCAAGGACGCGUCCACCUCUACGAAGGCUACACUGCCCACGAAUCUGCCUUUCCUGUACGCGUGAUGAACAGCUGGGGCAUCAGGACACUGCUCCUGACCAAUGCGGCCGGCGGCAUCAACAAGAAGUUUCCCACUGGCGAUCUCAUGCUGAUUGCAGAUCAUAUAAACCUUCUAUUUCAGAAUCCUUGUGUCGGUCGCAAUGAUCCGAAGCUGCCACGCUUCUUUCCUAUGAACGAUGCUUACUCGCCGCGCCUGAGGAAGAUCGUGCAGGAGAUUGACCCGGAGGUGCGCUCCGGCGUCUACGCUGCCAUGCUGGGCCCCAACUACGAGACUCCGGCGGAGAUUCGAAUGCUGCGACUGCUCGGUGUGGACGCGGUCGGGAUGAGCACAGU